UGAUGAUGAUGAUGAUGAUGUGCGGGAACUCGAGGAGGCGCUUGAAACACGACAAGCGCCCGUCAAUCAUCAACAAAACAAUAAAGGAAGGUCCAACCUACAUGGAAAGUUGCCGUGGACGAGCGCGCAUCAGCACCGCAGGCACCGGCUGCCGUUGAGGAACCCACCCCUCCCUCACCCGGCGGGCGAGCAGCAGCAGCUAAAGCAACGGCAUCGCCGACAUGGCUUCCAAAGCUCUGGACGGCGGCUGGGGGUGGGCCAUCGUGGUGGCCUCCUUCCUGGCCCAGCUGCUGGCCUACGGUUCCCCGCAGUCGGUGGGCGUCCUCUACCCCGAGUGGCUGCACGCCUUCCAGGAGGGCAAGGGCAUGACGGCCUGGGUGGGCUCCCUGGUGGCCGGCGUGGGCCUCAUUGCCAGUCCCGUGUGCAGCGCCUGCGUGGACAACUUCGGCGCCCGUCCCGUCACCGUCUUCAGCGGCGUCAUGGUGGCCGGCGGCCUGAUGCUCAGUGCCUUCGCUCCCAACGUCCAGUUCCUUAUCUUCUCCUACGGAAUCGUAGUGGGUCUGGGUUGCGGCCUGGUCUACGCAGCCACCUUGACAAUCACCUGCCAGUAUUUCGACAAGAGACGCGGCCUGGCCCUCGGCAUCGUCACCACAGGCACCAGCGUCGGAGCCUUCAUCUUCGCCACGGUUCAGAACGAGUUCAUCGUGCUGUACGGCCUGGACGGCUGCCUCCUGAUCAUCGGCGCGCUGGCGCUAAACCUCAUGGCCUGCGCCGGCUUCAUGAGGCCGCUCGACAUGCCGGGGUACUACCUCAAACGGAAGGCGGCCCUGGAACGCAACGCAGACGGGCAGCUCUUCGAAAAGCGCCAGCCGGACGACCUGAAGGCGGCGCCCGGUUCUGCGGCGUCCGCUCAGGGGAAGAGCGCGACGGUGAAGGAAAUUCUCAUCACCAUCGACGGCAUGGACGCCAAUAUUCAGGUGGAAAAGAAGAGGAGCAGCUUCCUGGCUCGGUUGGGCGUCAUGAAAAUCAUCAAGAAAAAAAGGCAGGCUUACUCCAAGUAUAUGACCUCAAUGUAUGAGCUACUGCAGGACCAAGCCAUGGUGGGCUUCUGCAUCGGGGUCUUCCUGUUUAGCCUGGGAGCGUUCCCGCCUGUGCUCUUGAUUGAGGAUGUGGCACAGAGCCAGGGACUCAUCGAAGAAGUCAGUGCCAUUCCUUUGGUCUCCAUCGGCGCCAUCACAACAUGCGUGGGCAAACUGGUCCUUGGGAUCCUGGUGGACAUCAGGUGGAUCAACAGCAUCUACUUGUACACCUUCACCAUGUUUGCAGGAGGGGUCCUGCUAUUGCUCAUCCCUGUCACUAAAAGCUACUUGGGACUCCAGAUCCUCUCCGCCGUCCUGGGCUUCUUCUCAGGAAACUGGUCCAUCACCUCGUACAUUACCACCAAGAUCGUCGGCUUGGACAGACUCACACAAGCCCACGGAAUCGUCAUGUUCUUCGGUGGAUUUGGGAUCAUGCUGGGACCGCCUGUCGUUGGGUGGUUCUUUGACUGGACCCAGUCUUAUGACCUGGCGUUCUACUUCAGUGGGAGUUGCGUGUUGCUGGGAACGCUGGUUCUCUUCCUGCUCACGCUUCCCUGCUGGAAUAGGAAACCCACGUCCGAGAAUGACAGACCAGACGUGCAGUAUACCAGCAACUGCGAGAAAGUGGCCUCCGUAGCGUGAAUAUGAGGACUUUGGGUCAACGUGCCAACACUUCCGAGCCCCCUCGACUGCACGGCAACUGUUGUAUCUGAAAUACUUCUGACCACAAGCACGGUUUGCCCCGACAACUGCUGCCAGGUGUACUCGCACCAAAACACUUACCUGAGAAAAUACAGGUCUUUCCUCCAAAAACCGUACCUGCAUUUCUCAGGUUCGACGCCAAACACGCAAUGCACAUCAGUUGAAGGUACAAGCCUGCUGUAGGUGUCGCUCCUCUUUUAUAGCCUCAUUUUACGAGGCGGUCCAAACAAUAACCUGGUUCAAUGGGCAUGUGCUGAAAUUUGAAUUUACUGCAAAUGCACACAAAAAACCCUGAAGAAGUGAACUUCUUUCAUACAAUUUGUUUUUCAUCAAGGUGUACAUUUGAUGUACACUUUGCGUACUACAAACGCAUCAGAGAUAGUUAAUACUUGUCACCACGGAAUGCCUGUUUGAACAAUGCCUUGCUUUAUGGACAUUUUACUUUUCAAGUUUUUUUUUACUUGUACAACCACGAUUUACACAACACCUGCACAAUCCGAUGAGGUCCUGUGACAAGAGCGCUGCCAAAAAAGUGAAAAGCUCAAUUUUGAUCGACUCCGUCAGAGGUAUUCAUUUAAGAAUUACUUUUCUGGUUGUAGAAGUAUUUUUUACUACCUUGGAGUGUGCAGGUGUACCUAAUGUACCACCUGAUGUUUUUUCAUUCUUUCACCUUUGCGGCAUAACUAUUUUGACCUGGCUGGUCCUCCACCCCCCCCCCCCCAACGCAUUUUUAUGUAUAUGUUGUGCGUGUUCAUACACACGUGUUGAGAUUUGCGUAUUGUUUGAUAUACUUUUGUAUUAGCACUAGUUUAUAAAGUCCUAUGUACUCGAGACUUUUAUAUGCACCUGACUGUAGAAAUGUUAAGUCAUGUUUGAAGUUAUUAGUGUACCGUGUAUGCGCAAUCACAUGUAGACUUGAACGUUCAUGAGACCACUGAAAAUAACGACCGGUAGCAGGUAAAGCUUAUUGUUUUUAUGUCUGUGAACGCAGUACAGGGUGCAGAGCAGACGCGAUGCAACUGGCACUGACCUUGCGUUGAGACACUUAUGUCUGUUUUCUUACAUUUGUCUUACUUCCUGUCUGUUGUUUUGCGUGCAUUGUGCCAAUAAACGAAGUUUGGAA